AUGGACGAGAUGGCUCUGUGGUUAGACCACGAACAUUCUAACUGGAAGUUCCGUGGUUCGAACCCGACCUCUGCAUUUCGACUUCCACUUUCUAGGCUUGAGGAACAUGGCGGUGUCCCAGCCCUCAUGCCUCGAGUAUCAUGGCAACCAGGCAUCGAAAGGGUGCUACAGCUGAAGACUUUUUUGUAUCAGGUUUUCCGCGUCAUGGACAGUACCGAGCGACGUCGGCUAAACCGACUGCUUCGUAAGCCAACUCCUCCGGGAUUGAAUAGACCGAGUGGUUCUAAAGCUCGCCUAGUGGGUCGAAAUUCUCACCGACCGUCCCGCAGUGGACCCUCAUCAAGCACUUCAGCCCUCCCCACAAAUGCUGCGACAACCUCAGGCAGUGAUGAGGCGAAGCAAAGUGGGAUUUCGGUGGACGUUGCCAAACUCUGUGCGGAAAUGUGUGGUAUUUCGAAUCUGUCUACACCGGCGGCCAUGUUGCUGCAAAAGCAUCUGAAUCAAAUCGCACGUCUUUUAGUUCACAAUAUACUGCGCGUAAUGGAACAAAGCCGUCGUGGUGUUCCACAGGCUUCAGAUGUGGACUUAGCAUCAGUUCUAAUUGGUCUGGAGGCACCAUUCGGUUCAACACCAGCGAAUUUCCUGCCUAUACGAACGGGAGGGCGGACCGCAACCUCUGGGCCGGGUGGUAAAGUAUUCUUCAUUCGGCCGGACAAGGAAAUCGAUGUGAAGGCGCUCCUUCUUCGAGAACCGGCGGGAGUGCUGUACGACGUUAGUGUCGUUGCUCAUUGGCUCGCAGUGAACGGCAAGCAGCCGGUUUCACCGCAGAACCCUCCACCUGACUUCCUCGCAAGAAUGAGGCAGUUUAGCGGCUCGAUCGGUAAGCGCGAGUCCGGUCAAUCAGUGGACCGCAAUGAUGCCACUUCAGAAGAUCCCACCCAUGGAAAACGUCCAAAUCCGCCGCUUAGUGCAAGCAAAGUGCGAUCAAUUGCGGAUGGCGAUGUUGUCAGUGGUGUUCCUCAUCCCAGAACAAUUUCUUCCAUAUCCGUGGAGCGACGUCCCCAUGAAGUCAGUCAAGAGGUGAUGAUCUACUUCCGAGAAUUAACCGAAGCCUGUGUGGGUGCGUGUGAAAAGCGUCGACAUGAGGCAUUGGACAACGCCACUUUGGACCCGGGGUUGCAACCAAUCCUACCCUAUUUGGUAACGUUCAUCACAGAGGGGGUUCGCGUCAAUGUUACCAACCACAAUCUGGCUAUUCUAAUCUAUCUGAUGCGAUUGGUCAAAGCUCUCGUAGACAAUUCCCAUAUUUCUUUGGAGCCUUAUCUGCACCUGCUUGUGCCAACAGUGAUCACGUGUGUGCUCAAUAGACAGUUGUGUGCUAAACCAAUCACCGACAACCAUUGGGCUUUGCGUGAUUUUGCCGCGAAACAGCUGGUCACCUUGUGUAAUCGUCAUAACACCUCAACCAACGAACUAUACAACCGGGUCACACGAGAACUUUCGAGCUCCCUGCACAGUUGGAUCGAUGGAGCCAGUGCGGUAUCCGGUACGGAUUCCGGUGCAAAGUUGUCGGACGUGGUUGAUUCAAAGCUUUCCACAAACCGGACUGACCCUGCGAGAUCGGACAAGGUCUCAAGUACUUUGGACAAGCGGAGUACAAGUUUGGGUACCGCCGUCAACUCCAUGAACACUUUGUAUGGGAUCUUGGUUGCGCUGGCCGAAUUCGGUGCUCAGUCCCUUCGGAUUUUGGUGUUUCCCCUUUUACCUUCACUCUGUCAUCGGCUGACCUUGAUGGUGGAACCACCGUCAACACCAACCACAGAGUCUGUGGAUUCACUGUCCCCAUUUCAGCCAUCAACCAACCGCCUUUCACCGGCAGAUCAACGUUCUUUCGACUUCCUCAAGGUUAUGCUGACGAACCGAAUCGCUCCCUUGCUUGCGGAUUGGAGAACCCGUCAGAAUUUGGGUACCACAUUGGAUGACUACCGUGCGGCCUAUAAGUGUAUGGCUACUUGCCUGCACUUAGCUAGUCGUUCUGCAUCAUCAAGUGGCAACGUCAGCACUUCAACAGGCGGUGGAACUUCGCACACGAACACUACGUCAUCCAGUUCAGACAUUCUCCCGCGACCUUCUUUAGUGACCAACUCCAGUAUAACGGUUGUGACGACAACGAAACAGGAAGACAUCAGUGGUCGGACCCCACUUCAUCUCGAGAAACGCCCCCGGUAUGGAUGGGUUGUACUUCCACUUUUUCCCCAUUUUGUAAAUAAAUUCCCUUUUUUCUUGCGCAUUAUUCAUUGA